AUGAGCCUCGAACCGCCUCGUUACGAUGUGGACGAAUUCGGUCCACUGUUGGAUGAGUAUAAUCCACUAUGUGAAUCAUACGUGGCCCCAAGAAAUGACAGUGAUUUAAGGCCACUUUUCAAUGAGGAAGAUGAUGAACUGGGGUAUACACCUGGUAGUGUAUCAGCGGGAUGCGUACCUUCAGAGUCGUCUUCAGAUGUAUUAUUACAGAAUAAUUCCACUAUGUUUUCACACACUCCUGAUACCACACCCAAAACACACAACACACAACAACGACAACAAACAAAUCUCAGCGAUAAGCACCAGCCCUUUGGAGCACACGAAUUGCUCACGAAUCUUCAUGGUUCCGAGUUUGAAACGCAAAUGAAAAUUACUGAUUUUGGUGACACUUUCUUAGAACCUUAUCACUCAAUAACAACACCUCAAGAUCAAGACCAGACGUCGUCAGCUACAGAUAAUGCUAUAACUGCAGCAUCGAACAUCACCAAUGCACUAUCACUCAUCGACGAAGAUGGCAGUAAUGCAGAGCAGCUGUCAGGAACACUCGAGUUUGACCCAAUUUUACUGGGAGCGUCUCCAAUCAAUUUAGAUCUGGCUGAAUUGGAUCAGUAUCUGAAUGGACCCGAACCAAAUGUGUUGCUAUGCGAUAAUGACGCAGGCUCGAAAUCACUUGCUUUAGUUCCAGUACAGUCCAAAUUUGAUGCUAUUAUGCGUGAAGAUCAUUUG